AUGAUUUACACGAGUAUGCUCGUCCUCAUCCAACUAGCAGCGCAUUAUGAGACCAAUCUUUUAGACCCCGCGGACAAUGAUCGAGUCCUAGCAAACACUCAAGAAGUCAAGGAUCGAAUAUUUGGCAGCAAAAUUGUGGUCGGCAUCGAGCAGUGCAUGCUGUUAUCCACAUGGGGAGUAAAGACCUGCAUGCUGACCUUGUUCUGGAGGUUGACGAAGAACCUGCGAUUGCAUAUCUAUGUUCAGAUCAUUGCUGCGUACGUAGCCAUCGGCUUCGUUGUAAUCAUGAUCACAUAUUAUGGCGUAUAUUGUCGCCCAUUCUCUCAAUACUGGGCUAUGCCCGUGCGAAACAUGCAGUGCGCCACUUACCAAUACUAUUCCAUUACCCAAGCAGUUUUCAACAUCUCUUCGGAUGCGGCAAUGCUGGCUGUUCCAAUUCCACUUCUCAUAAAGGCCCAACUGAGGAUGAGAAAGAAGAUCGUCCUGUUCUGUAUCAUGAGUCUCGGUCUGUUCACCGUUGUUGCUGCAAUCCUCAACAAAGCAUUCAACUUUGCGUCGCCCUUGACUACGAUCUACCAAAUAUGGUACAUUCGUGAAGCCAGUACAGCAAUUUAUGUUGCGAACCUGGUAUGCUUGUGGCCUUUGCUUCGACGGUUAUUUGGCUUCAGUUCAUUUCAAAACAGCACCAGACAAUACCGACAACAGGAAACCCGACCAAACAAAGAAACAUUAGAUGCUUCACGGCCAGCGGCCAUAAAAGUACUCAGCCUGCAACCACGACCAUCGGUUUCACUCUUUCGAGCUCUACCUAUCAACACGCAUGGGCUUCCAGAGAAGACGACGGGGGAUGGGUCACAAACGAGUGAUGAAGAAAGCAUGGAGAUGUGUUCAACAAGAACCCCAAGCGACGCCCACGAAUUAAGGAAAAUGCAAUCUCAGGGGAGGAAGGACGAUGGAUCCCUUCAAAUCGUCGAGGGGCAAACCACACCCUCUGACCUUGAGGCUGGACAAAUAACCGUCAUCAACUAA